UCUUCAUCCCAUCUCACUCGUCUUAUCACAUGAUUUUCCAGGCCAUUUCACGCCGUGCCGUCGGUGCUAGCAAAUCCGUCUUUCUCAAGCGCCAUGUCGCGUUUGUUGGUCAGAGAGCAUUGAACAGCGCUGCUUAUAACGCUGCUGUGGCUGGUUUGACUACUGAACAGGAAGAACUUCGCGAAGCGGUUCAUGACUAUGUUCAGGCCGAGCUUGCACCUCGCGCUGCUGAUAUUGAUAAGGCAAACGAGUUCCCCAUGGAUAUGUGGAAGAAGUUUGGUGAAAUGGGCUUGUUGGGUAUCACGGCUCCUCAAGAAUAUGGCGGUCUUGGUUUGGGUUACUUGGAACACACUUUUGUCAUGGAAGAAAUCUCGCGUGCCAGCGGCUCGGUGGCUUUGAGUUACGGUGCUCACUCUAACCUUUGCGUCAACCAAAUCGUCCGCAACGGUAACAAGGAACAAAAGGAAAAGUACUUGCCGAAGUUGAUUUCUGGUGAUCACGUCGGAGCGCUUGCUAUGUCUGAGCCCAACUCGGGCUCUGAUGUCACCAGCAUGAAGCUUCGUGCUGAGAAGAAGGGCGAUCGCUACGUUUUGAACGGUAACAAAAUGUGGAUCACCAAUGGUCCCGAUGCCGAUGUCUUGGUCGUGUAUGCCAAGACCAACCCUGAAGCCGGAGCUCGUGGCAUCACCGCGUUCUUGAUCGAAAAGAACUUCAAGGGUUUCUCCACCGCACAAAAGCUUGAUAAGCUUGGUAUGCGUGGAUCCAACACCUGCGAGUUGAUCUUUGAAAAUUGCGAAGUGCCUGCUGAGAAUGUUCUGGGCGGUGAAGGCAAAGGUGUCUACGUGUUGAUGAGUGGCUUGGAUCUUGAGCGUCUCGUUUUAUCCGGUGGUCCUCUUGGUUUGAUGCAAGCUGCUAUGGAUGUGGCUGUGCCCUAUGUGCAUGAACGCCAUCAGUUUGGUGUUCCCAUUGGCUCUUUCCAGCUCCUCCAAGGUAAAUUGGCCGACAUGUACACCAAAUUAAAUGCUUCCCGUUCGUAUGUGUAUUCGGUGGGUCGUGCCUGUGACAAGGGCUUCAUCAGCAACAAGGAUUGUGCGGGUGCGAUUUUGUAUUCGGCGGAACGUGCAACUGAGGUGGCCUUGGAUGCCAUUCAGUGUCUCGGUGGCAACGGUUAUACCAACGAAUACCCCACGGGCCGCAUCCUGCGCGAUGCUAAACUUUACGAAAUUGGUGCCGGCACCAGUGAAAUUCGAAGAAUGUUGAUCGGUCGCGAAUUUAAUAAGCUUUUCAAAUAAAUACUUGUUUACAUCUCAAUAAAAGAAAGAAAGUACAUCCUUAGAUCCACACCAUUUACCGAACUGCCUUUAUUGUAACGUCCAUAAUCGUCCACAACGUGUCAAGGGAUGCUUCCCUCACUACAAACAUUUCCCACGCAUAGCAGUACACUAUGAUGGGCAACUCCUUUUUUUAAAACAUUUUGUGCGCAAGACCCAUACGAAGCUGUUGACCAUGAUUGUUCUCACUGCAUAAAGUGUGUAUAAUGCAUGGCUGGUGGAUUGUGUGUGGCAAGGACAGUUGCAGGGCAGAGUAUUCAGCCUGCGAUCAAUUCCCGACAGUUUUAUUCUGUCAUGUUUGUGUCAGAAUGGAGAGAAUAAAUUUCUGCGUCAUUUAGAUCGGAA